AUGUCGGCACCAGCGGCACAGGCCGACCUCGCCCAGGCCCGCGAGGCCUCCUCUCCCGGCGACAGCAUCCACGAGACCAAGCACGAGUCCAUCGACAACCAUGUCGACGACGAUGACAUCGACUCGCUCAGCCCCGAGCAGCGCGCCGCCCUCGAAAAGUCGCUCAAGAAGAAGCUCGACUGGCAGAUCGUCCCCCUUUGCCUCAUGCUCUACUUGCUCAGCUUCCUCGACAGGACCAACAUCGGUCAAGCAAGACUCAACGGCCUCGAGCAGGACCUCAAGAUGAGCAAGGACGGCCGCGACUACCGCAUUGCCCUCACCAUCCUCUACGUCCCCUACAUCAUCUUCGAGAUUCCCUCUAAUCUCGUCGUCAAGCGUUUCGGUCCCGCUCGUUGGAUUCCUUUCCUUGUCGUUUGCUGGGGUCUCGUCUCGAUGUUGCAGGGCAUCGUCACCAGCAAGGUUGGUCUCUACAUCAACCGCGCAUUCUUGGGCACUACCGAAGCGGGUAUCCUUCCUGCACUGGCGCUGUACCUCACCUUCUUCUAUAAGCGCGAAGAGCUCGGAUUGCGACAGGCCCUUUACUUCUCCGGUGCCUCUCUGUCCGGAACCUUUGGCGGCCUUCUCGCCACUGCGAUUGGCUUGAUCAAACGACCCCUCCCGGGGUGGGGUAUGAUUUUUCUCAUAGAAGGGCUGUUCACUAUCCUCUUCGGUAUUGCCUGCUUGUUCAUCCUGCCCAACGACAUCUCCAAGCUCUGGUGGGUCACCCCGCAGGAGCGCAAGCUCGCCUACGCCCGUAUGGCUCAGCCCGUGACCACCCGAGCGCCCGACGCAGAGAACGGAGUCGUGCCCGACGUCGCUGCUACGGCAGAGAAGCGUGUGGCUGCCGUCGCUGACGACGCUUCUCUCGAGUACACCGGCAAGUUCGUUAUGCGCGAGGUCAUGCGCACCUUCACCGACCCCAUCGUUCUGCUCAUGGCUGCCUCCGGCUAUGCAUACGCCACGCUGCUCUACUCGAACGCCUUCUUCAGUCCCACCAUCAUCAAGUCGCUUGGCAUCGCAAAGUCCACCGCCGAGUCCCAGCUGCUCUCGGUCCCGCCCACCGCUGCCGCUUUCUUCGUCUCGAUCACCGCUGCCGUCCUCUCAGACCGCUACAAGUGGCGCUGGAUCUCCAUCGUCGUUUUGAUCCUCAUCUCGAUCGCCGGCAUCGGUCUCGCGUAUGGCUCCAAAGUUGCCUCGCAGCGCUACGGUGGUAUCAUCCUGCUCUCCUGCGGUACCUACUCCAUCCCCCCGCUGGGUAUCAGCUGGAUGCUCAACAACACCGCCGGUCUGUACAAGCGUGCCACUGCCAUUGCGCUCUACAUUGUCUUCACCAACAGUGGCGGUAUCACCUCUACCUGGCUCUUCUACAACAACGAGGCUCCCCGUUACAGCCGCGGUUUCCUCGUCAACCUCUGCCUCAAUGCCGGUGCACUCGUCCUCGUCUCCGUUGCCGAGCUCUACAUGAUCUGGGAGGGCAAGCAGCGCAAGGCGGGCAAGCGCGACCACCGCGUCAACAAGCUCCGCGACCAGGGCUGGAGCGACGCAAAAAUCCGCGAGUACCUCGGCGAUCAGCACCCCGAGUUCGAGUACAUGCUCUGA